UUACAAUCAGUGUGAAUGCAACCCUGAGGAGCGACGCGGCUUUCCAUUUACGCUCACAUAUUUUUGUUGAAUUUUCACCCAGCUUUGCAUUAAUACGAAUUUGCGGCUCCAAGAAUUAAAUAAAACAUCGUCACAAUGGAUGACAUUAUGAGCCCGAACUUUUCAAUACCCAGCAUUGGGCAUGCACCAACGCCGAUACACCACAGCCUCGACGCCGAUCAACAAAUUGAAGCAUUACCACAUCAGGUCUAUCAUCCAGCUGCACUGGAGCCAACGACAACAGCUGCCUCAACAGUGCAGCAGAACCAGCAGCCCGACGGCAACAGUGGAGUAAGUGGUGCCGAUGGAAGCGGCGGCAGCGGCUUGUUUGGCCAUGAGCCGUCAAUACCCUUGGCCCACAAACAAAUGCAAAGCUAUCAGCCGUCUGCCUCGUACCAGCAGCAGCAGCAGCAGAACCAGAGCAGCAACACGGGUGGCACCACUCCCCAAUCUCUAAUGCAGCCACAGACGCCGCAGAGUAUGAUGUCGCACAUGAUGCCAAUGACGGAGCGCAGCUCCACCGGGGAUGCAUCCCUCAGCAACAUACAUCAGACCAUGGGUCCAUCUACACCGAUGACGCCUGCCACGCCCGGCUCGGCUGAUCCGGGCAUUGUGCCACAACUGCAAAAUAUUGUGUCCACCGUCAACUUGUGCUGUAAAUUGGAUUUAAAGAAAAUUGCUCUACAUGCGCGCAACGCCGAGUAUAAUCCCAAGCGUUUUGCGGCCGUGAUUAUGCGUAUUCGUGAGCCACGUACCACCGCUUUGAUCUUCAGUUCUGGAAAAAUGGUCUGCACCGGGGCCAAGAGCGAAGAUGAUUCAAGGCUGGCAGCUCGAAAGUAUGCGCGCAUCAUACAGAAGUUGGGCUUUCCGGCCAAAUUCCUUGACUUUAAGAUACAAAAUAUGGUCGGCUCAUGCGAUGUCAAAUUCCCCAUUCGCCUGGAGGGUCUAGUCCUGACGCAUUGCAAUUUCAGCAGCUAUGAACCGGAACUGUUUCCGGGUCUCAUCUAUCGCAUGGUGCGACCACGCAUUGUGCUUCUCAUCUUUGUCUCAGGUAAGGUAGUGCUGACGGGCGCCAAAGUGCGACAGGAGAUAUACGAUGCCUUCGACAAGAUAUUUCCAAUCUUGAAAAAGUUCAAGAAGCAAUCAUAAGGCCUACUUCAUCAUUGCUAAGCACAUGUAGUUUUCUAGGGUAUUAACUCUUAAAGUUGACUAAUUGUAAUUUGUAUUAAGUUAAGAUGUCUCUGUGUGAGCGCAAAAUAAAACUGUAUUUAGUUUGUA